GGCUCGCGCCCUGAUGUGCUGUGUGUGGCCGGACAUGCCCGCAGCAACUAUAGCACCAAUAUUGGUCACGAACUUGGAUUUUUUGGAUCCUCCGUCGCCGUCGGUGGUGCCAUCCGUAAAGACACGCUCGAUGAAUACUGUGCGGUAAAGGUACUUGCCCAGAGCCAGGUGCCAGGUGCGGCAGACGGUGGCCAGCUCGGCAACAAUGCGGUACUCGCCGAGGUUAAACCGUCUGUAUGCAAUGUCGCCAUACACGAUGCUCAGAGCCUGCCUUAGGACAUCUCCCCCAGCGAGCUGGCUGAGCUCAAGCUGCGAAUUCGACAUGGAAUGCGAGGUCGUAGAAAGCAAAAAUAAAAACAGCAGACUGGUGAGCGUUGCGAAAGUGGAGAAAAGAAAGUGCGCCAAUUGCUUGGCAGACGCUCUUCACGCACGCCAAGCACCUGGGCUCAGCAGCAGCUCCGGUGGCGGCCUAAUCGACAGAUCCUCCCGCUCCAAGGCUGUGAUUGACUCCUUGUUGUGUUCAUGUAUGUAUCUGGUGUGUAUGUGUGUGUUGCGAGAUAUACGAGGAGCUUCGGCUCGGAAGGCAAAUUGGAAUUUGCGGCCCGGUUCCUUUAUAUGUCCCCGCAUCUGCGAUAUACGAAACACGGACCGCCGCUCAGAAGCGAGCGGCCCUCUAGCGAUUGCAGCGCUCAAGUGACGACUUACAACCGUGGCAGAAUCGAUGCUUUUUUUGAUCGAUUUUUUCUCCACUUUCUCCGCUACAGCGCUGGAAAUUUAGCCGCAGCCGCAUGGGGCGGCUGCCCAGCAGUGAUAGUGGGAGCGCACGUGAUCUGACUGCUUUUACUGAACGCGCUGUUCGGCGGCACAUAAAAUGCGCCGACGGCAGUGAGCUCUUGAGGCAAACGGCUGCCUUUGCCUUCCUCAUCUACCAACCUGCACCUGUAUAAUGGCGCCAGUU